AUGUCUGACCAAGCGCAAGCGGACUCGCACAGCGAUUCGCUGUGCUCGUCCCAAGUUCGCGGCGGCAGGCAUCUCCUCGUCCUCUCCUCGGCGGGCAAGCCCAUCUUUUCGCUGCAGCACGGCGACGAGACGUCCGUCGCCGAUCUUGCCGCGCUUGUCGCCGCAAUCGUGUCCUUUGUGCAGCGCGGCGGCGACGAGAUCCGGCACGUGCGUGCGGGCGCGACCUCGCUCGCCUUUCUCGUGCGUGGGCCGCUCUAUCUCGUCGCCUCCUCCUCGUGCGGCGACACGGUGCCCUACCUCUCCCGCCAGCUGGCCGCACUGCACGCGCAGCUCCUCUCUGUCCUCACCUCAAAGGUGGAGGAGGUGUUCGCGCGCAACGCCGGCUUCGACCUGCGCUCGCUCCUCGGCGGCACCGACCGCGCUCUGCAGAGGAUGCUGCGCGGCGCCACCUCCUCUCCCUCGCUGCUGCUGCAGGCGCCGCCCGCGAUGCGAGCACCGCCGGCGCUGCGCGGCGAGCUCACGCGAAGGCUGCGGCGGAACCGGCCGGCGCCGCUCCUCUUCGCCGUGCUGCUCGGCCACGGGCGGCUCCUCACGGCGCUGCGCGGCCAGCGCGCGGCGCUCGGCGCAUCGGACCUGCUCCUCCUCCUCAACGCGAUCUCCGAGGCGGCCGAGGGCGGCGAGGGCGGCGGCGAGGGGAGAGGCGGCGAGGGCGGCGGCGGCGAGGGGAGGGGCGGCCGGCAGUUUGCCGACGACCAGUCGCAGUCCUGGCUGCCGCUUUGCUUGCCGCACUUCAAUGAGCGCGGCUUCUUGCACGCGCACGUCUCGACCGUCGGCCAGCACCUCCGCCUCGUCCUCCUCUCGCCCGACCGCGACGCCUUCGCUCCCCUCGCCGCGCACCGCGACGCCUUUGCCGCCUCGCUCGCCGCCCUCGCGCCACCCGCCGCCUCCGCGCUCGCCGCCGCCCUCGCCGCGCCCUCGCCGCCGCUCGAGGCGGCCGGCGUGCCCGAGCUGCUGCACUACGCCUACACGGCCACCUCCCUCGGCCAGUCCAUCUCGCCGCUCCUCCCGGCCGGCAGCCCGUACGCCGAGCCGGCCGCACUCGAGCGGCUCCUCCGCCGUUACCAGCGCGCGCAGGCCCGCACGCACGCCAAGGGCAGGGACGGCCCGGCGCACGAGUACUUUGCGGCCUCCGACUCGGAGCUCGUCGUCGCGUGGCGCGGCGCCGGCUUUGAGCUCUACGUGGCGCUCUGGCCGCUGAUACAGCUUCCGGCCGCGGCCGCAGCGUGCAGCCAGCUACUGCGCUGGCUGCGGCGGGAGGAGAAGGCCCUCUUCCUGACGUACACCAAGUAUUGA